UCGCGGCCUGGCCCGUCUGCGCCCGGCGCGCCCGCCGCUCGGGGGGAUGUCUUACAAGCCGAACUUGACCGCGCACAUGCCCGCCGCCGCCCUCAACGCCGCAGGAAGUGUUCACUCGCCUUCCACUAGCAUGGCGACAUCCUCUCAGUACCGUCAGCUGUUGAGUGACUAUGGGCCACCAUCGUUAGGCUAUACCCAGGGAACCGGGAACAGCCAGGUGCCUCAGAGCAAAUAUGCCGAGCUGCUAGCCAUCAUUGAAGAACUGGGAAAGGAGAUCAGACCCACAUAUGCAGGGAGCAAGAGUGCCAUGGAGCGGCUCAAACGAGGCAUCAUCCAUGCCCGAGGGCUGGUUCGGGAGUGCUUGGCUGAGACAGAACGCAAUGCCAGAUCCUAGUCUCAUUAGAUCUGAAGGUCCUGUCUUUCUACAAGAUGGGAGGUUACAGUUCAUCUCUCCUGUUGAGACAAAACUUUGUUUUCAAAAUGGUAACCGUUUAGUUUUUUCUACCAUGGUUCACUAAGCUCUAUACCUACACCCUCAAAGAUUGGGAAAAGAUUUUGCAGUAAAAUUUGCAUUUUAAGUCGUUAGGAUGACCCAAGUUUUUUAAAAUUUUAUUAUUUUUAGCAUUGAAUUAAAGAUGCAUGUGACAUUACUUUACAGCAAACUGUCCUAAAGCCAGUGUCUCCCUUUAACCUUCUUUUGAGCACAUUCGCAUCACCUGAAUUGGUCUGCUCCUUUUCAUAAGCUUGUCUGACUCUGAGGACUGGUAGUGCACACUGACAGCGCUUCACUCCUAGCUGGCUCACCUGCCACACCGUAGAUCCUGCUCAACAGAGCUUUGCUUAAGCAUUUGCAUGACUGAGUGCUUUGAAGUCCAUCUUAAAGAUGCACAAGUUAUAAAUACGAAGAAAGAGCAAUCUACCAAACCUAACAUGCACCCUGAACAUUUUCAUACUAAGAGUGUAGAUUUCAGUUCUAUGUUUAUUGUAAGUUGAUCAAAACAUCUGGAAGAAAAGUGACUAAAAUUGUUUGCAUCUUUGUAUGUAUUUAUUACUUGAUGUAAUAAAGCUUAUUUUCAUUAA